ACUGAGUGAAAGACAAAGAAUGAAAGGAAGAUCAGUUCAAAUGAAAGUAAAUGAAGAUGAUUAAAGUUAUAAUGUGGAUGUGAUGAUGUGUUCACUGGACUCAGACUCAGUAGAGAUGGGGGAGUCUCGGAUCAUCGUGGAGGAGCUGCUGGCUCUUUGUCUUCAGAGGAUCAACAUGGAGGACAACACUCUGAACACUGAACUGGAGUUGGUUGAAGUGGUGAGAAACUUUGAGGCGAUGAGGAAGAGAUGGAUGCACGCUGAGCUGGAGCUGAAGAAGUACAAAGAGCUGCUGGUGAAGUCUGAUGUGGCCAAAGCUGCUCUGGAGGUCAAACUGAAACACGCUCGAAACCAGCUGGACGUGGAGAUGAAGAAACGUUACAAGGUCGAGGCUGACUACCAGUACCUGCAGAGGCAGAUGCAGCUCAUGUGUGACAUCCUGGUCCAUGACAGUAAAUCCAGCGCCUGUCUGAACGAUGAGCAGAAAUCUCUCUUAGCUACGUUUGAACACAAAGCAGGAAACGUGACUCUGCACAGGAGCAGCAAAAGGUUGUCUGUGAUCGACGAGUCGUCUUUCCUGUCUCACUCUGAUAUCAGCUACGACCGGACUGAUGAUGACAUGGAUCUGGACACGACAGCGAUUAAACCUCUGAGAUCUCGAAACAGAGAGAAGAGGCGUUCGUCGAUGGGGCCGGCGGUCAGUGUUCCGGUUGUGAAGCGAGGCAGAGGCAGUAACAUGUCUGCUGAGCUGCUGGAGAGAAAAAUUGUGGAGAAGGAAGUUGAGACGAUAGUGAAGGCGUCAGUGACGACUCCUGAGACUGGAGGUCAGAUCCACAUGGUGAUGGGAAUCACACAGGACACCUCAGAAAACCUGGUCCGGACCCUCACUCAGGAGUGUGCUGUUUCAGUGGGAGGUGACCAAACCUCUGUGUGGCUUCCCUGUGAAGAGAAGGUGGAACCUGAAGCUCAGGUGGAGCAGAAAACUUCAGUCAUAGCAGCUCCUCCCUGCAGAUCUCACAAAACUCAGAAACAUGUGUUUCUGUCUAAGACGGUGAUCCGGCCCGAGAUGUGUUUGCCGUGCGGGAAGAGGAUCCGCUUCGGGAAGAUGGCAGUGAAGUGCAGAAACUGUCGUGUGGUCGCUCAUCCAGAGUGCAAACAGAAAUUCACAGACGGCUGCUCGGCCUCCACGACAGGAAGUGCAGCUCACACGGACUCGUUGGAGGGUUUCACUCCAGUGACUCAUCCCAGGGUUCCUCAGCUGAUUACACAGUGUGUGUCUGAGAUCGAGAGGAGGGGGCUGGAGGAGAGAGGACUGUACAGAGUCCCUGGAGGAGAGCGUCUGGUGAGGGAGCUCAGAGAUCGGUUCAUUCAAGGGAAAACUCCGCUCGUGCUCAGUCGAGUCCAGGAUGUCCACGUGCUGUGUGGUCUCCUCAAAGACUUCCUGAGGAGACUGAAGGAGCCGCUGAUCACCUUCAGACUGCACCGGACCUUCAUGGAGGCCUCGGAGCUUACUGAUGAAGACAACAGCUCAGCCAUCAUUUAUCAGGCCAUAGCAGAGCUGCCAAAGGCCAACAGAGACACACUGGCUUUCCUCAUGCUUCACUUGCACAAAGUGAUGAAGAGCCCCCAGUGUCAGAUGGAUCAGAAUAAUUUGGCGCGAGUGUUUGGACCAACUAUAGUAGGUCAUGGGAUGUCUGAGCCGUCUCCAACCACCAUCAUGAGAGACACAAACACUCAGCCAAAGGUCAUUUGUCGGCUGUUGUCCCUCUCUGAAGACUACUGGAGGCGUGUCCUCGCUGUCCAGACAGACCAGGUUUCAUCCUUGUCCUCCACCAUUAAGACCUACAGCCAGGAAGGACAGGGUCGUUUGUUUCAGCCAUUAACUUCUCCUGAGCUGAACAGUUACUACAAAACUCCCAGCAGAGGAUCUCUGAGAGGCAGGAUCAGGAACCUGGGCAACGCUUUCACCAACACAGGACAAGUUGAACCAGGACGGAGGUUCUUCACAUCCCCCAGCUGAGUAAAACACUGGUGACUACACUAAAGCCUGAAUCACACAUUUAAGAAAACACUAAAACAAAUGAUGUUGUGACCUGUCCUAAUUCAUGGUGGUGCAUCCUCAGCAUGUGGGUGACACUGGUCAAACUGGUCAGCCAUGACAGUUGGACUUCUGAGGCAGCAGUAAAAGAAAAGCUCCCUGCAGCUGUUGUAACAUGUGAAGUAGUAUCUGUCUGUAUGUAGACAACCUGGUUUUAUAUGUUUCAGACUUUAUACUGGGCUCACACUAUUUUCUGUGAGAAACUUGAAAUAAAAGUAAAAUAUUGAACUUGUA